CUCAGCGGACGCGGUCGAACUGGGCCCUAGUAAGCAGGUUGUUUAUACAUCCAUGAGUAGGCUAGCAUGUUGUAUAAAUGGUGUGUUCAAUGACUUUUGGGGGCUUUUGAUGAUGCAAUGUCUGUUUUGCGUAGAGCUAAAACAUGGGACAUAUCUGAAUCUGAGGAAAGCGACGCUGAAACAAAACCCGAUUUAAACCGCGAUGGGAGCAGUCAAAUGGUAACAGUCAGCACAGACUUCAUAGAGGAUCACAGUCCGUCAGCCACAAAAUGCGAGUCUGGUCAAGCUUCGGCUCUGUCUCCCCCGCGUCCAGAUGGAUGUGACACACCAAGUCCUGCAAGAAAACGCCGCACCAAGGAGGAGAUAGAAGCGGACAGAGAGACAGCCAAGGAGAGGAAGGAGGCGAGAGAGAGGCAGAGAGCUGCCAGAGCCCGGGAGAAGGAGGAGAGGAGACAGGAGCAGCAGAGGAGGAGAGAGGCUGCGGAGAAUCUCAAGAGUCUCAGGCCAGAGAACUGCCUCAAGUGUCUGACGGUCUGCAUUGAUCCAGCUCUUCUGCAACAGGAUGGCUCAGACAUCUUGCUGAACACCCUGGCUACCUUUGAGUGGAGGUUUAGCAUAGAGAGCCAGCAGCUCCCGCGCAGUAUUACCUGGACCAGAGAUAUACCUCAGCAGGGAGAAGAUGGCAAGGGGUCGGUGGAGGAGGAGCAAGUGGUUCUGGUGCUGGAUCUGACUGACUUCAUGGACAUGGUGAUUUCUCUGAAGAGAAUGCUAGAGAAUGAAGGGGAGGAGACGGAGGUGGGGUCUUUCCUCAGUCCUCUUUUGGAGUGUCUCAACCGCGAUGCCAAGAAGGUGGUCACUCUUUUAGUGACUGACACUCUGCCAUAUUACAGGUCAAAUACUUGUGUUGUGCAUUUACUAGAUGAGAUGCUGCAAUCCAAAUUAGGGAUGGAGGAUCAGAACAUUGAGGAGGUUCUUGUGUACCUAGAGCUCUGCAAGAAUAUCUCACUGGUCUUCCUGGAUGGCUGGCAGGAGGUCACUAACCAUGUGUGUGCUGUCACCAAGGCCUUAUCAAAGCGCCCUUUCAAACUGCUGACAGAGCGAGCAGAGCUGCCCUUCUGCGUGGAUGGUUCAUGGGCCAGCGGCGUUCGGGUGGAGAGGGACGGCUCAGGGCUGAUCCAGGUCUGGAGCAAGCAGAUCCAACAGCUGAACAGAGUCAGCCCAGCCGUGGCCUCCACUGUGACUGUAGCCUACCCGUCUCCUCAGCUGUUGCUGCAGGCGUACAAGAGCUUGGGGUCUGAGGAAGCCAGAAAGGGGCUGCUGGCUGGACUCUUAGUGAAAAGUGGAGGUAAAGAGAGACGUAUAGGACCGGAGAUAUCAGCCAGAGUUUACCGCUGCUUCACCGCCCAGAACCCCCAGCUGGUCCUGGACUAAUUUGUCAAUUUGAGAACGAGAUGGACGUCAGCGAGGAUUAAUCCGGUUUCUAAUGACACUUGGCUGCAAAUAUGUUAAUGAUGAUGUUUACAAGCUAAAAAUAUGCCUUAGAUAUCAUGUUUACCUUCCAGCAAAGCACUAUUUAUACCCCUCUGAACUUCAACAGUCAAGCAACAAAAGAUAUUAAUAGAGUAUAUUUAGUGAAAUAAGGAAUUAUAUGUAUUAUUUUAUGGAAGCCUAUAGGGAAUUAUAUGAAAAUAAAAUAAAAAUAUAAACUCGAACACUUAAAUGUAAUUCCACAAUAGCAUUAUAAUUUCCCACAUAUGUAUGUAUGUGUUACAUGAGUAAAAAUGAAAAUGCAAAUUGGAUUAUUGAAUUUCCCCCCACAUACUCGUAUGGGCUAUCUAUCGCCAUAUUCAAAUACAAAAAAUGGGAAAAGCUGCUUUAUAGAGGCAACUUCCAAUGUUAAUUUAAAUUUGAAAAUUCAAAUGCAAUAUAAACAUGUAACCUGAUUUUCCAUUUUUGCAAGCAAUAAAAUGAAAAUGCAAUCUGUCAGUUCCUUUAAACAAGGAAGGUCUUCAGUUAGGGUGUCACUUUCUCAUUCACUGACUUGGCUCAUUAACUUUUACAAGUACUUACCGACCUGGGCCAGCACUAUGCGCUAACUGGAAGUAGAGUGUUUGUCUGUCACUGGGGCAAUGGCAGUUAUGCUGGUGGGGGAAAUAACUGAACUUAAACUAACUAAAUCAAUAUGGGGUGAACUGUGCUUCUCUAAGGCCUCUGCAGCCUCUCAGAGGAGCAGUGCUAAGGACUACAACAUCAAGCAAUGGCCACAAAAGUCAGGUUCUGGUAGUUUGCCUAUGUUGUUCCGCCUACAGAGAAUGAUUGAUGCCCUAAAUGAAGAUGAGAGGACUGACAGAUUGCAUUUUCAUUUUGACACCAAAAGAGCAUGAUACCGUGUAAAUGCAAUGGACUGGGGUCGUUGUUUCACUUAUUGCUUUGAAUACUGUACACUUUAAAGCAGAAUAAGUCUUUGAAAAUAAACUCUCAAAUGCAGUUUUUUUUGUAUUUUUUAAAUUGUUUGAAAAAUGCAUUUUCAUUUUGACUUAAAUAUUGCUUGCAUGAAAGAAAAAGCAGGUUACAUUGUUUGUAUUGAAUUUUAAUUUUCAAAUUUGAAUUAAUUUUUGUCCAUGGUACAGCAGUGUACGACAAAUAAACAGAAUUUUACAUUUCCGUGUUAAUAUGGUCAUAGAACAAAUGGAAUAUGUGAAAAUGAAAAUGCUCAUUUAUUUAAUAAAUUUUAAUUUUAAUUUUUACUCAAAUAACGUGUGGAAAAUUAUAUAAUUGUGAAAUUACAUUUUCAUUUUUAAGUUUACAUGAUCAUUUUAAUAUUGUCCCCAUAUAGGCUUCCAUAAUUAUGAUUAAUUAUUUUGAUCCAAUAUUUGUUCAUUUUUAAAUGUAUUGUUAGAGGAACUGCCAUGAACUACAUAUGUUGUUUAUAUCUAUAAAAAUGAGCUGCAAC